AUGGUGUCGUUCUUUCCUCCAGUGUUGGGCUUGGAUGUGGAGAGCCGCAUUGCCCUGCUAGAGGCGGCGGGCUUCGACCGCAAGGCCGUGUUAAAGAUGGCGUCGUCACAUCCCCCCAGUGCCAGGCUUCGAUGUGGAGAGCUGCAUUGCCCUGCCAGAGGCGGCAGACUUAAGGCCGCGUUGAAGAUGGCGUCGUCACAUCCCCCAGUGCCAGGAUACGGUGUGGAGAGCCGCAUUGCGCUGCUAAGGGCGGCGGGCUGCGACCGCAAGGCCGCGCUGAAGAUGGCGUCCUCCAGUGCUGGGCUACGACGUGAAUAA